CUCUCUCUCUCUCUCUCUCUCUCUCUCUACUUUCUCUCUCUUACGCAUUUCUGUAUCUAUCUUUUUCAUCAAGAAGAAGCUUAAAGAAAAAAAAUGUGUGGAGGUUCAAUAAUUUCUGAUGAACCCAUAAUCAAAAGAAGAGGCAAAUUAACCACAGAGGAGUUUUGGGCUGAACUUGACACCAUUUCUCACUUUUGGGGCUUCGAUUUCUCAGACGAUGCUGCCAAAAACCAGCCCGAACCCGAUGCUCAAAAGCCCGGCCCGCACAACAAAGGAAAAAAAGAAAAGGAAGAGAAGGGCAAAGAAAGGGGUAGAAAGAGUACAUACAGAGGCAUAAGGCAAAGGCCAUGGGGAAAAUGGGCUGCAGAAAUUCGUGACCCGAAAAAGGGCGUUCGAGUCUGGCUCGGAACCUUCAAUUCGGCUGAGCAAGCCGCUAGAGCCUACGACCAAGCCGCCAAGCGGAUCCGCGGUGACAAGGCCAAGCUCAACUUUCCGGCCAACCAUGAGCCGCCAACACCACCACAGCAGCCGCCUCCAAAGAAGAUUCGUGUUGUCCCCGAGCCGCAAUCCAAGCCGAGCCAAGUCGUAAUGGAUUGCGAGCGCCAAGGGGCCGAGCCGUGUUACUUGAAAGGAUGUGAGCCUAUCAAGGAUGAGCUGUCGAGCUGGGAAAGUUUGUUAGGGUUAGAGGAGCCGAACCAAGUGAUAAUGGAGCCGAGCCAAGUGAUAAUGGAGCCGAUCAAGGAUGAGUUAUCGAGCUGGGAGAGUUUCUUAGGGUUGGAGCCGGCUGUUAAGCCGAGCCCUUUUGGGGUAUUGGAUGAGACAAUGGACUCCGUUGACUUCUGGAUGAUGCAUGAAUUUGCUGCAGCUCAGCAGAAUAAUCUAUUUUUCUGAAUAAAUAUUAAUAAUGAUUGGAAAAUAAAUAUUAUACAUAUAUGAGCGUGUAUGAAUAUAUAUAUAUGCCUGUAAUUUUGUGGUGUUGAAGGUUUGGACUUUAGUUAUUGUAUGCAAUUUGGUUUUAUGUUGUAUGCAACUUAUUUAAUGUUUAAAUUUUGGUGGUUUUCUUACAUGGGAUAUUUUGGUGA